AUGGCACUCGUCGACGACCUGCGCAGUCGCCGCGACGGGUACCUCCCCGGUCGUGCUACCCAGAUGUCGCUGCACGCCAAUAAAACCGUCGGCCAUCGUCGGUCCGGCUCCUUUUCCCCUGCCGCCACCCAGCCGUCCAUCUCGAGCCUGCGCACGACGAUGCCGUCGCCGCACCCGACGACGAGCACCAUCGACGUCGACGACGACAGCAGCAGCCUCGACCCCCGAUUCACCCCGACGACGCUCGUCGAUCUCGUCCCCCACAAGUCGCCGACGUUCACAAGCAGCCACGUCGUUGACCUCGCGGACUGCCCGGACUGCCUGAUGACCGACGCCUGCCACGAUCCCGCGUGCGAUGCGCUGAUCACGCCCGAAUGCACCGACCAGUGCCACGACCAAUGCGUCGUCGUCGCGUGCGACGAUCCCACCCACGGCGCGCCGACGUGCGACACCGCGCACGACGCGGCCGAGUGCUCCUUCGUGUGCGAGAGCGGCUCGCAAUGCGACAGCAUCGACGAUUUCUUGCGAUGUUGCGCGGCGCCGUACGAUGGGUCGUACCGCGCGCCUAACGCGGCCGCGGGCGGCUCUGCGUCGUCCCCGGCGUCCGUCUCAUGGGAGCAGACGCUCGAAGAAUUCCUCUGCGCGUGCGGGCAGCCCUCCGCGCCGUCCGCCGCCGCCCCCAUUGACGGACACUGCAACCGCGGGCACCCGCCGGGGCACUUCGUCCACCACCCGCACCAGCCGCACCACCACCACCCGCCUCUGCCCAGCCCAGCGUUCUCCGCCGCCUCGUCGCACACCAGCGUCGCCGCGAGCCCGCUGAUGCUCCCGCUGUCUACGCCUUCGACCGCGCCCGACGCGCACCCGGGCCAUCCCUGCAUGUGGGAUCAGUGCCACAAAUCCUUCCCGUCUCUCGCGGAGCUCGUCGGGCACGUCAACCUCGAGCACCUCCGCGUCACGCAGGCCCAGGCGCCGACCGAACACCAAAACCAGGGCACGAGCGACGGCGGCAGCCUCCACUGCCCCUGGGGCGACUGCCAGCUGCCCACGCCGCAAACGUCUCCGUCGUUCGCCGACGCGUCGCCUUAUUCCGGCCCGGGCUACGCCCAGGACUCGCUCUCGCUGCUCGCGAGCCAUCUCAUGCAAGACCAUCUGGGCCUGCCUUUCCCUAUGCAGGGAUACCCGCAACCCGCACAACAGCAGCAGCAGCAGACGCCGGGAUGGGGUCCGCCGUACCCCGCAACCGCCAAGCACCGGCACAUGCCUCCUCCGCCCACCCCCUCCUCGCCCCCGGCCGCGCCUUACCCCUCCGCCUCCUCCCACCCACAUCAACCACAACAGCCUCAACGUCACGCGCACCCGUGCAUGAACAAAGACCUCCUCGCGGCGAUGGCGCCCCUCGGCGACGUCUCCCUCGAAGACGUCGCCCGCGCCACCAACCUCGCCAAGUUCGAGGCCUUCCUCCGCGACAAGUUCAAGGACGACCCGGAGAGCGCGCACAACCCGUGGCGCGGGUCGGAGGCCGGGUCGGGGCCGGGUCCGUCCACCAGCGCGUCCCCGUCUGGGGCGUCGACGCCGAGCCGCACGCCGGGGCCGACGACGCCGCCCGACGCGUUCCCGAUCACGGACUGCGCGCCCUCGCCCUCGCCCUCGCCCUUCGUCACGUCCUCCUCCUCCUCCACCUCCACCUCCACCAUCACGACGCACAUCUGCCGCUGGCAAUCCUGCACCGCCUCCUUCCCCUCCGCGGCGCUCCUGACGGCCCACAUCGCCGACGCGCACGUCGGCGCCGGCCGCGCGCGCUACGAGUGUCUCUGGGCGGGCUGCGACCGGCACUCGGCGCGGGGCUUCACCUCGAAGCAAAAGGUGCUCCGGCACGUGCAGAGCCACACCGGGCACAGGCCGUACACGUGCGAUCUGUGCGGGGCCGGGUUCAGCGAGGCCGCGACGCUAGGACAGCACGUCAGGCGGCAUAAUCAGACCAAGCCGUACGUGUGCGAUUUUCCCGGGUGCGGGAAGGCGUUCACGGUCACCGGCGCGCUCACGAUCCAUAAGCGGACGCAUAACGGCCAGAAGCCGUUCAAGUGCACGUUCUGCGACCGGGCCUUCUCCGAGUCGUCCAAUCUUUCCAAACACCUUCGCACGCAUACCGGCGCGCGGCCGUACAAGUGCGCCGAACCUGGCUGCGACAAGGCGUUUGCCAGACCGGACCAGCUCGCGCGGCACCAGAGCGUGCACCGGAAGAAGGGCAAGGACAAGGACAAAGAUAAGGACAAGGACAAGGGUCAGCCGGAGCAGGAGGAGGAGGAGAAGGAGAAGGGCGUGCUGCCUGCGUCACAGGAGGCCCCGCUGAAGGGUUAG